GCCGGGUAGACUCUGCUCCUCCAAACCCCGGCCAAGGCUCCGAGCGGCUCUUCUCGCUCUCUCUCGCUCUCCGGCGUCCUUAGGAAGAAACCUGGCGCUUGAGAAUCGCUGCGAAAGGGCCCGGCAGGCGGUUCGGAAAGACACGAUGAAGAUGCUGGGCUCUCCUUGGACUCGGUUCUACUCCAACAGCUGCUGCUUGUGCUGUCACGUCCGCACUGGGACCAUAAUCCUGGGCGUCUGGUAUUUGAUCCUCAAUGCAGUGGUUCUGCUGAUUAUAUUGAGCGCCUUGACAGAUCCUGGCCAGUAUCACUUAGCGGGUACUGAAUUAAGCAAUGACUUUGAAUUUAUGGAUGAUGCCAAUAUGUGUAUUGCAACGGCAGUCUCCCUUCUCAUGAUUCUCAUUUGUGCGAUGGCCACUUACGGUGCAUAUAAGAUUACAGGCUGGAGACUGGAGAUUGGGGGUCCCUUGGAAUCAGUAGUGCGAUUCAAAUCCCAUCACUACCGGUUUGCUCGUGGCACGCACGUGUGCCCAGAGACGUCCAGGCAGCCUGCAAAUUUCCCCUACAAGGAAGAGAUUAUGUCAAUGAAUUCAAUCUGCUUAAUUGUCAUUCUUCUCCUUUGUUUAAGUAUCACAUUGGCUUUCAAGGCUUACUUGAUCAGUUGUGUAUGGAACUGUUAUCGCUACAUUAAUAACAGAAACAACUCUGAUGUCCUGGUCUACAUUACCACUAAUGACACAGCGGUACUGCUGCCAUCAUAUGAUGACUCUGCAAAUGGCCCAGGGAAAGAUGCCCCCCCUCCUCCUUAUGUAGCUGCAUAAGUGUGAUGUGUACCUAAAAAACCAACUCUGCUAUUUUUCAGAUCAUCCAAGCAAUAUAUCCUUUCACUUUCAAGAUGGACAUGCAAGAUCCCAGAUUUAUUUAUAGAUUAUUUUCAAAAUGUGUUUUGUGUUUUCUUGUUUUGCCUAAAACAUUACUGAACUGGCUUAGUUUAGCAAAGUGUACUAUAAUCGCACUGUAGGUUUUUUUCCUUCAUGUAAUAUGUAUUUUUAUUCCCGCCAUAUCUUAUGUGGAAGUUUUGCUAGUUUAAAUGGCAGAAUUUUCAAAUCAGUUUUAAGAAUCGUGUCUCAAUUUACAACUCUCAACUGGAUUUAGAUUUACCUUUUCAUUAUUCCAGAUGCAGGCAAACUAUAGGUCACAUGAUCCUCCCCCUAGCAUCUUACAUCACAAUGUUGCUAUUGGGUAGCAAAAUAGCCAAAUUUCAAAGGAAUUUCAGACUGUAGGGUAGAUAAGGAUAGGAACAAAGUUAUCUAUUUCCCUCCCCCAUAAAUAGGGAUUUUUGAGGCAUGGUGGCGCAGUGGUUAGAGUGCAGUACUGCCGGCUGCCUGCAAUUUGGCAGUUUGAAUUUCACCAGGCUCAAGGUUGACUCAGCCUUCCAUCUUUCUGAGGUGGGUAAAAUGAGGACCCAAAUUGUUGGAGGCAAUAUGGUGACUCUGUAAACUGCUUGGAGAAGGCUAUAAAGCACUGUGAAGUGGUAUAUAAGUCUAAGUGCUUAUUGCUAUUUAUGUUCCUUUUCUUACUCUAACCGUCCCACCCCCAAACAAACAAACAAAAAAUGGAAUGUUACAAUCCUCCUAGUCCAGAAUGUUUCAUCCUCCUGAUGUUUCCAUAAAAAUUGAACCACAGUUCCCAUUAUCUCCAGUUGGAAUAGCCAACCACUGUACUGGCUGAAGGAUAUGAAAAUGGUGCAAUUUAAAACAGUGGGAGGGUUUCAGGCUGGGGACUACAGAUCAAGACUUUUAAUCUACUCUCAAAUUAAACCACUCCCCAAUACAGUAUAAUGCUUUAGAUUUCUUAAUCGUGAGGUCAGACUGUUAAUUUUCCUGCUAUCCCAAUUCUGGCAACCUUGUUUUGUCUACUUAAGCAAUUGCUACUUAAGUAAUCCCUCUCGGCAAUUACGAAUGCUGGGAAUAAACCAUUUUUGAAUGUCAUUGAUUUCAUGGAUUUUUAAACAGUUUUUUAACACACACACCCCAACUGAAAAGGGUAAUGCUUGUAUCUACUGUGACUCUGUCACUUUGUGCAAAUAAAAGCUAAUUAAACAGUCAAUAUUUCUGUGGUAUUUUGGGAAAUUCAGUGUGCCAUUUUGAGGUUCCUGUACUAAUGCUGGUCACAUCAUUCUGUGUGUGUUCUGUUGUCUGCUUUAAUAUAAGAAUUUAACACUCCUAUUUGGAUAACUCCAGUGUCUAUGAUAUCUGGGACUAUGGCAAAUUAUUAUUAUUAUUAUUAUUAUUCAUAAUAAUAUUAUCAACAACAAUAAUAAAGCUUUUAAUAUGUAUUACAGUUAUUAUCAUAUAACUUUACAACAACCCUAGAGGUUUGGCCAUUAUUUCCAUGUCUAGUUUAAUUUUUAUAAAUAAGCUAGCUACAGUUGCCUUCAUGACUGAGUCAGCAUACAAAUUGACUAAAAGAAUAAGUAAAUAACAUUUGUGGUUCUUAUUUGGGACCCAUUAAAUCAGUUAGACAUAAGCAUGACUAUCUUGAAUCCUACUGAUUUUAAGCCUAUGUUUCUUAAACAUACCAGUAUAGAUUUACUUGAGAAGCUGGUGUAUAGUCACAAAGCUGUAAGUCAAUAAAAUUGUUUAUUUUUCAUUCAUUUAAAAAUGGAAUCCCUCUCACUUUUUAAAUGAGUCGUGCAUUACAUGAAGCCAUAGUUUGCUUAAAUGAACCACAGCUGGCUGGGUUUGUGCAGAUGACAACAUUAAGAAAGUUAUAUCUGGGUUACCACAAUGCAUAAACUUAAAAAAAAAAAGAUUAUGAAGAAACUAGGGACAUUUGUUCCAAACUUCUCUAUUUGGCCAAUGUUUAAAGCAGAUUACAUAUUAGUCUCAGCCCAGCUGUUGAAGAUUAUUAGCCUAUUGGUAGAACACGUCUUAAGCGCAGUAAGUCAAGGGUUCAGGCCUGGUUAUGUUCACAUAAACUUCAAUUUUUCCCCAAAAGUUUUUGAAAUGUUUGUAGAACUGAAAAACAGAAAUGAGGGUAAUGAAAGCAGUGAAGUGGAACUGGAACUGGAAACAAAUCAGUUUUCUCCUCCUGGGAUGAUGUAACGCAGGGGUGUCAAACUGAUGUGACUUUUUCCCCUUUCGCUAAACUGGGGGUGGGUGUGACCAGUGUUUGAUGCAUCCGACCCAUGGGCCGCGAGUUUGACACCCUGUUGUAAAAGGAAGAACUGAUAGACACCCUUAGCUUCAGUGCAGGCUAUUUCUUACUAUAUACUGAUCUGCUGAUUAAGCAAUGAAGUGAGUUGUACUUGCUAAAUCAAUGCACUGACAAGGAAUUUUCCACAUAAGAAGUUUUUCUUUUGUUAUGCAAGUCAUUAUUACACUGGGUUAGGCUUUUCAAUCAAUAUGAAUUCCUGUUUUCUUUAAUUUUGGUUUACCUGGUCUGGAUUAUUAUGCUAAGGGUUCAUGUUGGUUUACUGUUUUUAAUUUGUGACAUUCUAAACCAUCGGCAUGAAAAACAGCUGUACAUACUUUUCAUUCAAAACUUGUGGUAAAAUGAUCUCUAAUAAAAGGAUUAUUUCCUCAUAUAUUUGUAUGACAACAUUUUUUUUCAAUAAAUGCCAUUAUU